UCUCUCUCUUCUCAUCGGAAAAGUCUUCACCUUUUCACCGGCGGAUGUUCACAUGAACGGCACCACAUCAUCAAUCAACUUCUUACCCUCCGACGAUGACGCGUCGGCGGCUAUGGAAGCUUUCAUCGGAACAAACCACCACCACUCGUCUCUCUUUCCUCCACCACCACAACCACCACCACCUUCUUUUCCUCAAUCUCAAUUCAAUGAAGAUACUCUUCAACAACGUCUCCAAGCUUUAAUCGAAUCCGCCGGAGAAAACUGGACUUACGCUAUCUUCUGGCAGAUCUCACACGACUUUGAUUCAUCCACCGGAGACAACACAGUAAUCCUCGGCUGGGGAGAUGGAUACUACAAAGGAGAAGAAGACAAAGAGAAAAAGAAGAACAACACGAACACGGCGGAGCAAGAGCAUCGGAAAAGAGUAAUCCGUGAGCUUAAUUCGUUAAUCUCCGGCGGAAUUGGAGUUUCCGAUGAAUCAAACGAUGAAGAAGUAACAGAUACUGAAUGGUUCUUCUUAGUUUCGAUGACUCAAAGCUUCGUGAACGGUGUUGGACUUCCCGGAGAAUCUUUCUUAAACUCUCGUGUGAUUUGGUUAUCUGGGUCGGGUUCUUUAACCGGGUCGGGUUGUGAAAGAGCGGGUCAAGGUCAGAUUUACGGGUUGAAGACGAUGGUGUGUAUCGCGACUCAAAACGGCGUCGUUGAGCUUGGUUCGUCGGAAGUUAUAAGUCAAAGCUCAGAUCUGAUGGAUAAAGUUAAUAACUUGUUUAACUUCAACAACGGUGGUGGUAACAAUGGUGGUGAAGCUUCUUCUUGGGGUUUUAAUCUGAAUCCAGAUCAAGGAGAGAAUGAUCCAGCUUUGUGGAUUAGUGAACCGGCCACCGGAAUCGAAUCUCCGGCGAGGGUUGAUAAUGGUAAUAACUCGAAUUCUAAUUCAAAGUCUGAUUCUCAUCAAAUUUCGAAGCUUGAUAAGAAUGAUAUUAGCUCUGUGGAGAAGAAUCAGAAUCGUCAAAGUUCUUGUCUUGUUGAGAGAGAUUUGAAUUUUUCGAGUUCUGGAUUGAAUCAAAAUGGGAACUUUCAAGGUGGGUUGUUGAAAUCGAACGAGACUUUGAGUUUCUGUGGUAACGAGAGUAGCAAGAAGAGGUCUCCGGUUUCGAAAGGGAGUAAUAAUGAUGAAGGGAUGCUUUCGUUUAGUACUGUGGUUCGAUCCGCUGCGAAAUCGGUUGAUUCGGAUCAUUCUGAUCUUGAAGCAUCGGUUGUUAAGGAAGCGAUUGUUGUUGAGCCACCGGAGAAGAAGCCGAGGAAACGGGGGAGGAAACCGGCGAAUGGGAGAGAAGAGCCGUUGAAUCAUGUUGAAGCAGAGAGGCAGAGAAGAGAGAAGUUAAACCAGAGAUUUUAUUCUUUGAGAGCUGUGGUUCCUAAUGUUUCGAAGAUGGAUAAAGCUUCUCUUCUUGGAGAUGCUAUUUCGUAUAUCAAUGAGCUUAAGUCGAAGCUGCAACAAGCGGAAUCUGAUAAAGAGGAGAUUCAGAAGAAGCUAGAGGGGAUGAGCAAGGAAGGAAAUAAUGGGAAAGGUGGCGGGUCGAGGGCGAAAGAACGGAAAAGUUCGAAUCAAGAUUCUACGGCGAGUUCUAUAGAAAUGGAGAUUGAUGUGAAGAUCAUAGGUUGGGAUGUGAUGAUACGUGUACAAUGCAGCAAGAAGGAUCAUCCCGGUGCUAGAUUCAUGGAAGCGCUUAAGGAAUUGGAUUUGGAAGUGAAUCAUGCGAGUUUAUCCGUUGUGAAUGAUUUGAUGAUUCAACAAGCUACCGUGAAGAUGGGGAGCCAGUUUUUCAAUCAUGAUCAGCUUAAAGUUGCUUUAAUGACGAAAGUCGGAGAAAACUAUUGAACAAAGUCGGCAUGUUAAAGAGAUGAAACUAGUGUUUUCAUCGAUCGAAUUUAGCGGGUAAAUGUAUGGUCUUUUGUAAGUAGUAAGUACUCAUUUUGCAUCACUCGCUUCAUGUUGUUAAAUGGUGUUGUUCAUUAGGAGAACUUGUUUAGUUCUUAGCUUAGUGUUAUCAUAAGCCUUAAGUGAGAACGAAGUUGGAGACCAGACCAGAGAGAGUUAGUAAAAUAAUAAAAUCUUUGGUUGUACUUGUAUGUAAAUUAUAUUGAAGUUUUUUGGUUCUAUGAUUGAGAUUUUGUCAAUUAGGAAUCACUUGUCACUUUUGGGUUAGUUUGUGACUUUGUAUAACAUAAAAGUCCAAAUUUAUG